UCCCUCUGAGCGGCUCUCAAACUUCAGUGUGAAGCCUGAACGCGGAGGACGAGGAGCAGCGAGCCGACAGCGCGGAGUCGCGGCAAACGUUUUAAUCAGCCUCUCUCCUGUCGGUUUUUUUUCGGGUGGGAGGUGACGGCGACGGGCGGUGGGGGGGAGAAGAGCCGCAACAAGCAGCGCAACGUCCGCUUUUUCCCCCCCGUUAUCAACGGCUACUAACGGUCGUCGGUUUGAGGAGUCGCGCGCCGCUCUCGGGGUUCGAUUUGGAUCAUUUUCCUCCAUUGUUUAGUCGGAAGUUUUGGACUGUCACGUCCCAGGCGCGGUCCUUAAUAUCCUUAUAUCGGUCGUUUUAAUUCAACGCCACUUAACUGGACACUCGGACACUUCAUGCAGCUUUUCUUCUGGUUUUUUGGAGUGUUUUUCACCCCUUGCGAACGGAGCAGUAACGGUCCCACUAGCACCAGCCUCCGCCAUGGGGGAGUAGCGGGCAGCAGGGGACCUGUCUGCGAGCGACCCCGUGUUUGGUGACGCUUUCUAUGCUCAUUUCAACAAAACAAAACAAAAAAGGGACACAGAUCGGUUUUUGACUAAAAAAACAAUGGCCCCGGACGGCCGUCCGCUGACGGCGGUGAUUUUUCUGUGGGGUCUGCUGGUGAUUUCUGGCUCCGGCUUCGAGAUCGGCUCCUACGACCUGGAGCGAGGGAGACCGGCCAAGUGUGAGCCCAUCGUGAUCCCCAUGUGCGAGGGGAUCGGCUACAACCUGACCCGCAUGCCCAACUUCAUGGACCACGACGACCAGAAGGAGGCUGCCAUCAAGCUGAACGAGUUCGCCCCGCUGGUGGCUUACGGCUGCGACGUGCACCUCCGCUUCUUCCUUUGCUCCCUCUACGCCCCCAUGUGCACGGACAAAGUGUCGACCUCCAUACCCGCCUGCAGACCCAUGUGUGAGCAGGCCAGGGAGAGGUGCGCCCCCAUCAUGAAGAAGUUCAGCUACACCUGGCCGGACUCGCUGGACUGCUCCAAGCUGCCGACCAGGAACGACCCCAACGCCCUGUGCAUGGAGGCCCCCGAGAACGAGACCAGGGCGGAGGGGAAGAAGGGCGAGGGCAUGCUGCCGGUGCCCCAUCGCCCCAGGCAGCCGGGCGGCGGGCGCUCUUCGGGCGGCGCGGGCUCCUGCGAGAACCCGGACAAGUUCCAGUUCGUGGAGAAGAGCCAGUCGUGUGCCCCCCGCUGCUCCCCCGCCGUAGACGUCUUCUGGUCCAGGCAGGACAAGGACUUUGCCUUCAUUUGGAUGACCGUGUGGUCCAUCCUCUGCUUCGUCUCCACCGCCUUCACCGUCCUCACCUUCCUCCUGGAGCCCCACCGCUUCCAGUACCCGGAGCGCCCCAUCAUCUUCCUCUCCAUGUGUUACAACGUCUACUCCGUGGCCUUCAUCAUCCGCUCGGUGGCCGGCGCCGAGAACAUUGCCUGCGACCGGGAGCACGGAGAGCUGUACAUCAUCCAGGAGGGGCUGGAGUCGACCGGCUGCACCAUCGUCUUCCUCAUCCUCUACUACUUUGGCAUGGCCUCUUCCAUCUGGUGGGUCAUCCUCACCCUCACCUGGUUCCUGGCCGCGGGCAAGAAGUGGGGCCACGAGGCCAUCGAAGCCCACAGCAACUACUUCCACAUGGCCGCGUGGGGCCUCCCGGCGCUGAAGACCAUCAUCAUCCUCACGAUGAGGAAGGUGGCCGGGGACGAGCUGACGGGACUGUGCUACGUGGGAAGCAUGGACUCCGGGGCGCUCACGGGCUUCGUGCUCAUCCCCCUGUCCUGCUACCUGAUCAUCGGCACCUCCUUCAUCCUCACCGGCUUCGUGGCCCUCUUUCACAUCCGGAAGGUGAUGAAGACGGAGGGCACCAACACGGAGAAGCUGGAGAAGCUCAUGGUGAAGAUCGGCAUCUACUCCAUCCUCUACACCGUGCCGGCCACCUGCGUCAUCGUCUGCUACUUCUACGAGAGGCUGAACAUGGACUACUGGAAGCUGCGGGGGCUGCAGAUGAAGUGCGGCUCGUUCAGCGGCCCGGGCGGCGACUGCUCGCUGCGGACGUCGGUGCCCACGGUGGCCGUGUUCAUGCUGAAGAUCUUCAUGUCGCUGGUGGUCGGCAUCACCAGCGGCGUGUGGGUGUGGAGCUCCAAGACCCUGCAGACCUGGCAGGGCCUGUGCAGCCGGAAGCUGAGCGACAGGACUAGAAGCAGGAAGCCCUGCAGCGGCGUGAGCUGCGGCAGCACACACUGCCACUACAAAUCGCCCGCUGUGGUUCUGCACAUGGCCAAGACUGAGCUGCACUCAGACAGCCCCACGCAUGUCUGAGAGGGAGCACGACACACACGCACGCACACACACACACACACGCCUAUGCCCUGAAUGAGGAGCUGCUAAAGACUUUGUAAGAAGAUGGGUGCUGGAAUGGAAGUGUCCGUUGCUGCCGAGGCUUAGGGACACACGGGCGUCACCCUGAGACACAAAUCGUAUCCACAGUAUUCAUUGCAUAAAGGGAAAUGUUCAGUGUUGUUACCCAUAUUCUUCUGUUUCAAAGUGAUCUGUGCAGUAGACAUGCCAUUUCAAAGCAACAACAACAACAAAAAAGACGGUUAUGGGAGGUAUGUUGGGAAAUAUUCCCCAUCCCAAAAGUGGCAUGAUUAACUGUAUAAAUCUGUAUAAACGUUUUAUUUAUUGUAAAUAUAUUUAAUUUAAAGGUAGCUCUUAUCAGAUGUGUUGUUUUAGAUGCAUAUAUUAAAAGAUAAAGGGAAUUUGAAGUGCCUUUUAUUGGAACUCUGGUUCUGGCCUUUUUGGAGGAUAAUAAAUUUGUGGUAUUCAUG